CUUCCUUUGUUCUUUAAGCCGAUCCAAAAAAAAAAAAAAAAAACCCUAGACACCACCAAAACAUCCUCUCUGCCUCUCCUCUCACAGCCAAGCAGAUCCCAAAAAAAAAACCCUAGCCACCACCAAAGCAUUCUCUCUGCCUCUCCUCUCACCGCCGGCCAAAUGAAGCCAACACAUACCUCUCUACCACUGGUGACGACACUAGAGAAUGUAGAAAGAAAGUAUUGAGAGUUUGCACAGCGGAGGUGUGGUCAUCUGCAUCACUUCCGUAAGGACAUCAUCACAAAUCACUUCAGCUAUAGUUUUAACAUCUUCACUAUCUUCUUCCCCAACCUGAUUUGUAAAGGUUUUUGACGGUGAUAACUGAUAACCUAUAUAAUGACCGGGCGUGGACGUGUCCCUUCUCCGGGGGAUGUAUCAAAAGGUGGGCGUGGACGUGUACCUUCUCCAAGGGAUGUAUCAAGUGGUGGGCGUGGACGUGUCCCUUCUCCGGGGGAUGCAUCAAGUGGUGUGCAUGGGCGUGGGCGUGGGCAUGCAUCUGCCCCUAGUGGUGGGCGGGGGUUGGAGUCAGGUGGUGGACAUGGGCGGGGUUCGGAGUUUGGUGGUGGACGUGGGCGGGGUUCGGAGUCUGGUGGUGGACGUGGGCGGGGUUCGGAGUCUGGUGGUGGACGUGGGAGGGGUUUGGAGUCUGGUGGUGGACGUGGGAGGGGUUUGGAGUCCGGUGGUGGACGUGGGAGGGCGUCGGAGUUCGGUGGUGGACGUGGGCGGGCGUCGGAGUCCGGUGGUGAACAUGGGAAGGCGUUAGACUCUAGUGGUGGACAUCAGCGGGGGUCGGAAUCUGGUGCUGGACGUGGGUGGGCAUCAGACUCCAAUGUUGGAGGUGUGCGAGCAUCAGGAGCUAGUCAUGGUCAUGGAAGGGGCAAGGUUUUAGAGUUGAGUCCUGGGUUUAGUAGGACAUUAGGUUGCGGAUAUGCUGGGAGUAGUAGUCGUACUGGUAACGCUGAUCCUAUAUUGAUUGAUUAAAUUAAAGAUUGAUUUGGGUCAUAAGAGUGGUGAAUAUACAAAUAUCAAGUAAAGCAUACUUGUUAAUGUUUGUCUAAGGAUCAUUAUUAUAAUCGGAAAAGUUAUGUAUUAUACAUUUAACUAAGUUGCAUUGUAUAAGUGAUUUCAAGGGAAUAGUAACAUGUGUAAA